AUGAUGUCCACGCUGCUCCAUCGAUUCGACACACCCGAAUUCGAAAACGAAUGGAGACCGUCGGCUGACGUCGCCGCCACCGUUAGUUUUGCACUUUUUUUUAAACGUAAAACAGUGUUUAAGCCGAAAAUGUGUGCACUUUUGGGGUGUAGAGCUUCAGAAAAAAAGAUUGUUGAGUAGUUUUUCGUUAAACGGUAGAAUCGUUUCCCGACUUGUCUCCUCUACCUCUGCCUCCCCCCUUUCCGAUUUCUUCUCAAGUUACACCCGCCUACCAUUAGUGUGAGAUGUCAAUUGAAUCAACAUGAACUCCUUCCGACCGGACACACAAGAAAUGCCGGUACAGUUGGGGGCCUGUUUGACUUAUUUCCUUCCGAAUCAACGUGUGCUCUCUCUCUCUCUCCCUCUCGGCAAACACAAUUGGAAGGAAAAAGAGAAAGAGAGGAAGUUAACCUACCGACGGAGAGCUUACCCUCACAAGUUGAGCCGUAGAAACCGUGUCUGUUUUGCUUGUGUUGUUGCACUUUUUAGUUACCCACCUGAAGCUCUAAAGAUCAUCUGCACUCUAACUGCCGGUGGAGAUAUCCAAAAGUUGUCAACUGAAAAAAUGACCACUGAGAAAUUGUGCACGCUUUAUUAGCUGACCACUUUUUGAUAUCUCCACCGGCAGUCGAGACGAGACACAUCGCAUUACUUUAAAUAACGUUUUUCUGCUGUUUCAAAGUUGUAUUUUCAAUUCGUGUUUUAGGCUUAUUAGGAUUCGAUAGUAGAGUAAAAUUUCUUUGAAAUUGCUCGAUGCUGCCAUGGGUACCAUGAGUCCCCGUUCCUUGCAAAACUUCCAUUGCUGCCACGAGAUGGAUCCCGAGCCGUUUAGGUACCUGUUUAGGCAGACAAGUUGAAAACCUCUGGGUAAACCGGUAUUCCGUCCAUUUUCCGACCACCCAGUCUAUUCGUUUCCGUCCUUUUUCCCUCCGUCCGACCCACUGAUCCCUCUGUUUCCUUUCAUUCGAAUUCGCUCGCAAAUGGUCCAUAAAAUGCCGCCCUUUUCACCUUUUUUCUCUUCCUACCACCCACUUUUCACUAUGUUUCUUUCGGUUCACACCUUGCAGAUGCAGAUGCAGAGAUUUUUCUAGAUUUUUUGGUGAAAUUUUCUUCCCCAUCUAUUUGCCUUUUCGCAAUUUUUUGACAAGUGUCCCUCCGUCGGCUCUCUUAUCACCCUCGCGCUCACUUUUUGGCACAUUUCGAUGGGAAAAAGUGCAAAAGUCAAGUUUUCAAACGUACUGUACCACUUUUUUUUCGAAUUCCUUCUGUAAGAUGACUGUUUGUGUUGUUUUCUGUCGGCUGAACCCAUAAAAGUGAGUGAAUCAGUGGUGUAGUGUACGGUCUUUUUGAAAAAGGAAAACUGGAUUCCAGUUUGUUACAAUCGAAACGUAAUUGAUCAAACAUCUAGGCGAAACGUCUUUUUUUCUGGGAAUAUAAUGGAAAAGUGGCCAAUUAGAGGGCUUUUCGUGGCAAAUAGUAAACUUGUAAAGUGGCCAGAGCGAGCUGAUUUAAGGAGGCCGGAAUUAGAUGUUUCAAAAUGAGUUCCUCCUGAAUUUCUGUCCUCUCCUUCCCCUCAUUUUGAUCGGCCGACAAUCGGCUUUUUUGGGUCGGUUACGUACCUCGUUGGGAGGUCGACCUCGCCCGUCCGGCCCACAAAGAUGGAUAUCAUCAGAGAAUCGGAGGACGGAAAAGAUUCGAAGAUAUCUUUCAUUACGAUCCCCAUCUCGAGAGGAUCUUCUUUUGAGACUCUGCUAGACCCACACUACUGUUAUUCAAGUUUUUUUUGUUGGAGUUUCAAAGUUUCUUAAAAGAUUUAGAGUCAGUCGUUUCAAUGCUUUCAUUGACUAAACCGAUUCUCCAUAAUUUGACCAUGGUGCUCUUUGCUUUUCGAAAUUUUGCAUGAAAUUACUCAAACUCUACUAUUGAGUGACUGUAAAGUUUGAAAUUUGCAUACCACUAUUAUCCUAUCGAAAUUCUCGUCCCCCUCUCUCUCUCUCUCUCUCUCUCUCUCUCUCUCCCACCGCUCACUCUUUUAUGUGCUGUUUGUAAUCCGAAUUAGUCGGUGGUGGACCGCCUGACUGAUCAAUUUCCUCUCUUUCUCUCUCUCUCUCUCUCUCUCUCUCCCUUUCUGUUCCGAUCGGAUUCCGACAAAGAGGGACCGGGUUCCCAGUCGAACGGUUUUGAGGUACUUUGCGAGGGUAUCAGUUGGAUGAGAGAGAGAGAGAGAAAGUGGUACUUACCCUCAACUGAGUGUGUGUGUGUGAGAGUGAUAGAUACUGUUUAUCCACUUUUCCACUAUUUUUGCCGAGAUAUCGAUGGGUUAUGAUUAAUUUCGGCGGGUUUCCUGAGGUUCCCUUUGAUUAUCAUCCCCGUCGCCGAUUUUAAUGGACCCACUCAUAAAACCGCACCUUUUUAGGUCUAUUUGGUAUCAAUUUCUGGUUAGUAACACUUGGAGACUCAUUCUCUCAUCAAAAACAGCUUUUUCAAUAGAUACACAGUAGUUCUGGCUGAUUUUCCAACUUCUGGAAACGUUUUCUUUGAAUUUACUGUAUCGGACAAUGGUGAAAAGCGUUGGCAGUUCUCAAUAACCUUGAUAUGUCUAUUUCGUGUUCAACAUAAAAUUUCUGUCCGAUUGGAUUAACUGAACUGGAGAUGUAGCGAUUUAUCGGAUCGGUCUGAAACUUGGGCCCAAAACACUUCAAUCCGAGGCCAAGAAGUAUGCAAAGUUUACAGGCGUUACUUUAUGAAAAGUUUUGAAAUCCCUCAAUUUGCCCAUCCGUUUCUUUUUCGUGCUGAUAAAUUUGCGGACGGAACAACCUUGAAAGUGUCUCUCUCUCUGUCUCUUUCUCUCUUUCUCUCCAUUCAUCCUAAUUGAUGGACUUUUUUGCCGGUUAUCUUCAGUGUCCUCCCUUUCAAAAGAAAGACAGAGAGAGAAAGAGAGAGACGGAGACAGAGAAAGAGGGCGUGGCCACCCAGUGAUAUUGUCGAAUUGCCAUCGAUGUUAAAUUAUUAUAUUCAAAUGAGAUCCUCGGUUCGUUCCCAUUUUCCGUCCAUAUUCUGCCGCGCCGCCAAAGGUCUCUCUAUUGGGCGAAAUCAAACGGAAAACGGCGAUUUGUUCGGUGACGCCACCCCGCCAGAACCUGUUCUUCUUCUUCUUCUGAUGCCAAUGUGUUUCUCUUCUUUUUCUCAUUUUCUCUCUCUCUCUGCUUCACUCUUGACGUGUCAAAGAUGAAGAAGAAGAAGAGGAAGAGGAAGACCUUCACUUACCUUUCCCUUACCACCGGGCUAGUAUUGUCUCUCUUUUCGUGAGAUCCUAAAGCUUUGAAGCAUAGGGACAGAGAUUCAGCUCAGGAAAUCUACCAAUGGAGCGGAAACUCUUUUUUCCUCCUUUUUUCCUCAUAGUACCAAACUUUUUCGAAACCUGACGCCGCAAGAAGCAUCCAAAAAGCCGUCGCCGACUUUGCAACUAUCCAGUCGUCUAUCAUAUAAUCAAAUAUCCUCUUCACACUCCUAAUUAGCCCUCUCUGACUGGUUUCAUACAAUAUUUGUCAGCCAUCCCAUCCUUCCAGUGGAUUCAGUGGACUCUCUCUCUCUCUCUCUCUCUCUCUUCAUUCUUCUUCCUUUUUGAUGAUUGAUGUAGAAGAAGGAGGAGAAGAAGCCAGUCUCGGCGCAGAAAAUGAUGAUGACCAUGCAGAGGAUGAUGGCAGAGAUACGGACGGUUCUGCGGAGAAUAUGGAUGUUGCAACGGUAGACUAGAUUUACGGAUUUACGCACUUUUGGUAGUUUAGGUGCCCGCUGGAAUUCUGUGUCGAUUACUGUGAAUACAUAGAUACUUCAAAAGUCUACUACGACUUUAAGUUGAACGGAUCGGAAAAUUACCUAUUACUUUCAUUAGGGCGCAUUCAUUUUGAAAUUCCCCGCUAGUAGUUCGAUAGACGUUGUGGAAUUGUGAAGCUUUGAUCAGCCGCCAUAUUCCGAACCGAAUCAGCCGAAAGCUCCCAUCAAAAGAUACAGUAUCCUGCUGGAAUUAGUCCAUUCCCUUCGCUCCCAUCAUUUCUCCGUUUAAUCCACUCCUCCUCCUCCUCCUCCUCGUUUUGGCCGCCAUAAAUUGAUUGCGUCGACCGUGUCUCUCUCUCUGUCUUUCUCAAACUUCCGCCCCUUCUUCUUCUUCUUCUUCUGGCAACAACUUGAUGUUAUCUUUCAUUCCUUUCGAUCACGCAUCCGUCCAUUCAUUCAUCCUCCGUCGGUUUAGUAGUCUUUUCUUCUAAAAUCUAAAAGUAUCCUACUUUUUUGUUGUUGUUUGUUGUACCUGCUCACCGUGUAUUACAGUAUGAAUAGGGUUUAUUCAAAACGAUAUAUCUCGACUGCUGGUAGAGAUAUCAAAAAGUUGUCAACUGACAAAAUGCGCAUAAAGAAAUUUUGAACAUUUCAUUAGCUGACAACUUUUUGACAUCUCUACAGGCAGAUGAGACAUUUCAUAUUAGAAAACAAGUACUUGAGUGCCGUUCAUAAAACUCAGUAAAUUUUUGCCUGAAACUGUAAAAAAGUUACAUAAAGUACCCAUUGUCUUCUUCCUGAAACUUCUGGAAUUCUCAGUCAUCUUCCCAACGACAAACACAAGAUUAAUGCAGUUUACGACCCCUUUUCCCUCUCAUUUCCCACCACAAAACUGGAAUUUUAUGGCCCGUUUUAUGUGCUACUGUCAGAAAGUGUUGUGUUGUGAUAAGGAAAAAAGGCAGGGGCGAGCGGUACUGUAGUCUGGGAAAUCCACUGAAAAUGUCAUCGAAUUGAGACGGUAAAGCAAUGUUGAAAGACAAUAGUUCAAAUUCGAAAAGGUGUUCCCAGAAAUGUUCUCCAUCUUGUUUCUUUCGGCUAUUUGUCUCCGUUGUUCUCAUUCCAAAAGUGCACACACACACAAACGGCUCACAAAUAAGAAAGAGAGAGAGAGAGAGAAAACUUUUGUUUCAACUCUCUCUCUCUCUCUCUCUUUCCCCCACGGGUUACUGUAUUUGCUCGGCGGCUCAUCCGCACAUCGGGACGAAAACCGCCCAUUUGUGAGGGCGAAACAAUAGCAGCAAUGUUUCAUUUUCACAAAAUGUUGGGAAAAAAUGUCAAAGUAACCCCUAACUAUGUAUUAUUGAGUUUAUCUCUCCAAAUCACCCACUUUUCCAUGUUGUUCUAAUCCGCAAUUUGUGGCGAAAUUAAUCUGUUUCCGCUCUAAACAACACGGUUUUGCCCUAUUUUUCGUGGAUUUCUAACCCCCAGAAAACUGACAUUUUCGGACUGAUAUUAUCCUUCUCUCUGUGCACCGAGCAAAAUUGAAACUUGAACGACAUCUACAGUAAUCCGAUUCUCUCAUUUCUGCUCUUUCUCUCUCUCUCUCUAUCUCUCUCUCACUCUCUCUCUCACUCUCUCUCUCACUCCCGUCCAACAUUUGAGUGUGUUCAGCAGCCGCUUCCGAGCACCGUCGUUCCGUCUGCCACGUCGACAUCGUCUUCCUCUUCCUCUUCUGCUUCCUCUUCGAUCCCGGCUUCUUCGUCUUCUGGUCCCCCGUCGCCGUCAGCCGCACCUCAGGCUCCGCCCACUUUGACGCCGACCGCGAGCAGCCAGUUGCUCGCCGAAAUGACCGCUUCCACGGACCAUCUAACCCCUAACGGUAAACAAAUGGAGAAAAUGUGUGGUCCCUCUUUUUUUUCAGUUUUUCGUGAAAACGCUAACUUUUUACCACUAAAGAAGGCGCAUGAAGCAUGCUUUUUCAGUUUUUUUUUCUCCAAAAAACUAAUUUGAGCACUCUCUCGAAUGAGGCACAUAGAAAUGAUGAGGUGCCAAAGUGCCACGUCAUAAAAUUGAAAGUGGGUAAAUUUAUGGGAUUUUUUGGGGGAAAGGCCGACAGUUGGCGGUGAGAUGGGAAACCGAAUGGAAGGGAUUCAUCGCCAUCGAGUGAUUGAAAAUGUGAUGAAAUUCAAGAGAAUUUUCAAACAUGAAACUGUUCUUUAGGAGUUUUUAGGCCACAUUCCAUUCCCGACACAAAAGUCGGCGUCGAAUAGGGCAAAACACUCGAGACUAUCCGUGACAUUGAGUUUGCGCGCGCACGUUUUGAGUGAUAUCUCCUGCGGGUCCACGGACGAAACGAAAAGACUGAAGUACUCUCUCUCUCUCUCUCUUUCUCUAUUCGGAAAAGUGAUCAGAGUCAGAGUAGUGGAAGACGUAGAGAGAGAGAGAGAGAGAGAGAAAAAGAACGAAAGAUGCUCUCAAGUGGAUCCGCCGCCCGACGGCAAGGGACCGCCCGAUCGGAAGAGGGGAAAAGAGAGAGAGAGAGGGCUCCCGCGGGCGGUGUAAAACUCGUCUCGGCGGGUUCCUCUCAAUCCACACACUCUCUAUCUUUCUUUCCCUCUUUUUCCCUCUCUCUCUCUCUCUCUCGUUUCGAUCACUCCCCCCACCACCAACUUUUACCCUUCCGAUCGGAUCCCUUCCCAACGCAGUCCAACUCGAUUCCGAAAUGGAGAGUGACUUGGUCGCUCCGACACCCUCAGACCCCCAUCAGUCCCAUCAUCAUGAGGAGGCGGAUUUGUAUUUAAAAACCGAGGACGGACUCGUUCCGCCGCCGCCGAGCGCCGAGCUCAACGGCGAGUUUAUCGGGCCGUCGUGUCCGCCACAGCCGCCCACUGUUACUAUUACGCCGUCGCCGGUCACCCACGCUACAGGUAAUUGAGGGGGGCACUGCGGUCGGCUGCCAAACUACGGUCUGUUUCACAAUUCUCUCCAGCAACUGUCGUCCCUCUAAAAAAUCCCAUAAAUCUUAUUGACGUGGCAGAAAAAUUUGCAAAUUUCAUUGCUCCAAUAUUCAAUUCUUUAAAGUGUAGAAUACAAGCAUUGUAAGACUUCCACUCUUCCUCUCGUCACAGGUAUCCAAACAGUUGGGGACGGGACCACCGCCUGGUCCCAAGCCGUUUGCCGACCUGUUCUUGUCAACAUUUUCAAAUUCGUAUCUUUCCCCGAAUAAUUUGUCAUUUUCAGGCAGCACAAACGGAAUCGCCACGUCACAACAGCAGCAGUAUUCGGUCGAAUAUCUUUCGCAACUUUUAAAGGACAAAAAGCAGUUGGCCGCGUUUCCGAACGUCUUUCAUCACUUGGAACGACUCGCCGACGAUGGUGAGUAAACAUGAUCACUUUUCGGCGAAAAAAUGGUUGGUGUUUUUGCAGAAAUAAGCAAAGUGCGCGUGGCACUGUUUCAGUUCGAAUUCACAAAAGACAAUGUGCAAUUGCCGGAGGCCGAGGGCGACAUUUCGGUGCACACGGAGAAGGUGUUCGUGCCGGCGAAGGAGCAUCCCGACGUGAGUUCCCCGAUUCUUGCGGAAAUUUUGAAAUUCGAGCGCAUUCAUGUAGACAUACUUCUCGUGGUCUUCUUUGCAAAAUUCUGGGAAAUUUAGUCUUGGGACUUUAUUUGGAAAAACACAAAAACAGUGAAAAUCUGUUGUUUUUGCAGUACAACUUUGUGGGCCGGAUACUCGGACCGCGUGGAAUGACGGCGAAGCAGCUGGAACAGGAGACGGGCUGCAAGAUCAUGGUGCGCGGACGGGGCUCGAUGCGCGACAAGAAGAAGGAGGAGCUGAACAGAGGCAAGCCGAACUGGGAGCACCUAUCCGAGGAGCUGCACGUGCUCAUCCAGUGCGAGGACACCGCGAACCGGGCGAAAGUGAAGCUGCUGCGUGCCGUGGACGAGGUGAAGAAGCUGUUGGUGCCGGCGCCGGAGGGCGAGGACGAGCUGAAGCGGAAGCAACUCAUGGAACUCGCCAUCAUCAACGGAACCUACCGUUCGGGCGCCGACCAGACCGCCCUCGCCGCCGCACAUCUCGCCGCCGUCAAACAGCAGCCGCUCGCCGCCGCUCUUCGUUCGUUUUUACGCCAUUUUUCUUGAGAGAAUCUGGGUGCGUUUCACUGCAAUCGCGCUCUGUUGAAAACAAAAACGUAGGGCAAACUGCAAUGAUCUCGGGGCCGAGUUUGAAGAAAAAUGGAAAAGCGGAAAAGCCCCGAACAGAUCAGGAACACGCGAUUGCAGAGAAAUGCCCCUAAUAUACUUUUUUUUUCUUUCGAAAAAUUAUGAUCUGUUUUCAUUUGCAGAAGCGGCGGCCCUGCAACGCCUUCCGAUGAUGAACGGCCUCUCGCGGUCGCCGACGAUCGUGGGCGCGCCCAUAGUUAUGAGUCCGUCGGGGAGAGGAUCGGCCGGGAACGCGGCCUCUUCGCAGGCGGCCCUCAUCAUGCAGCAACAGUCGCAGCUGCAGGCCGCCAACGCCGGAUCCGCCGCCCUUCAGCAACAGGCCGCCCUUCUCCAGCAGCAGCAGGCAGCCGAGUACCAGCAGAUCCUCCUCAAGUUUGUUUUCUUCUUUGGGAAUUCAGAAUUUUCAAUGGGAUCAUUCAGCAGGCAGAAAAAACAGGGAUGUUCAGCGUGUAAAUCCGGUGCGACUUCGAAACGCGCCUUGUUUCGAAACAUAAUUUAUUCGAAAUAGAACAAUUCUCGCUGAGUUUUGUGUAUUCUGAGACGAGGUCUUUUUUGAAGUCACACCGUGAAUCCUGUUCGUUGCGAGACCCGUCAUGUGUCAUUCACGUCAUAUUAAUGUCUCCAAAUUUGGUGAAUCUUUAAAGGCGCAUGCCGGGUCUCACAACGAACAGAAUUUACGCGCAGAGGAAUGUCUCACUUUUCCAGAACUUUUUUUUGAAUGUUUUCUCUGUUGAAUGAGCCCAUUGCUGAUUUUAGUGGUUUCUGAGGUUUGAGAUUCUCUCUUUUUUGAAUUCUAAACAAUUGCUCUCACUGUCAGUGUUCAAAAACCAAUCACAUUUUGAACCCCUUCUUUUCGACAAGUUCCGUGCUCGCGAAGCCCGUCUCAAACGACAACUGUUUCUUCGUGUUUUUGUGAUCAAAAAGACAACAGCAGGCUUGUCGUAAUAUUUGAAGAGCAACCAGGAACUGGAUUAUAUCAAGGGGGAAAUUAUUUUAAAAAAAUUAAAAGAAAUACUAGUGAGACAAAGAAUGGAUUAUUGUUUUGGAAAUUGUUGAAACAGGAAGAUUUUGGACGAAACGAAAAUCCAACACGCACACGAUAUUAUCCCAAAAAGUCAAACAUUUUCCGGAAUUCGGAAUCAGAAUCCUCUAAAAUCUCUCGAAUUUUGCAGCCAAGCGCAGGCACAACUCUACGACUUCUCGGCAAUGCAGCAGCAGUACGCGGCGGGCCAGAACGCGGUCGCGGCGGCCGCACAGGCUCAGUACAACGGAGUGCUGGCAGCGGCGGCGGCCGCGAACUCUUCGGCCGGCGGCCAGCAAUACGCCGACUACGCGGGCGUCGAUUUGACGAGUCAGCAGACGGCUCACGGUGGGUAUUACACGCUCAGACGAUGGGCUUAGCCACCGCCAUACACACACACACACAUCCCUUUUUGUAUAUUGUCGCCCACUAUUUUGUAAUUUAUUUUCUAUGCUCUCAAGACAAGAUCUCUCUCUCUUCCCCACUGUUUUUGUGUGCAUGCCAGACGGUAGUGCCCUAAUUCAGCCUUUUUUUGGGUUUCUACAUAAUAUCGGACUCGUUUUUAAUUAAUUUAAUUUUACAACUCACAAUGGGUGGCUUUUUCAUUCGAAAACCAGACAUUUCGCAGAAAAUCAAUCAAUAAUCACCUUUUUUUUCGCUUUUCGCCGUUUCGGCCCAAAAAACACUGCUGCGCUAACGACGAGAAUCGACUAAUCCUCUGAAAUUUUUAUCUCUUCAACAAUAUCCACUUUUGCCCCGGAUUUUGGCCAAUUUUGAUCCCGAAAGCGAGUAAAACACAGAUUUAUGCAUUCCACGAUUUUUACGAUUUUAGCGGGUUGAUAGGAAGUGAUUUUUGUGAAGCGGGUGCAGAAAAACACUCAAAUUGCCAGUAUUUUGAAAUUUUCUACAAAAGCUUUCGAAGCCGGGACUUUUGGCUCACUUGCAAUAAUCCGAUCGAGCCCAAACUUUGCAGACAUCUUGGACUUGGAUUGAAGUAUGAUGGGUCCGAGUUUCAGACAAAACGGAUCAUCCGGUCCCGAGAUAUGCUGAUUUGAAGCCGAGCUUUCGCAAAAAAACCCUUAAUUUUCGGGCUCUGGUCCACAUAUCUCGGGAGCAGAUGAUCCGAUCGGUGUGAAACUUGGACACAAUAUACGUCAACCCAAGUACAAGAAGCCUGCAGAGUUUGGACCCAAUCGGAUCAUUACAAGUGAGUCAAAAGUCCAGGGCUCGGCAGGCCUUCAAAAAGCCCCGGUUCAAACGGAAUUUACAAUAGUUUUCAAAUAGGUUAGACUAGGAGAGCAGAGUAAUAAUGAAUAGGUCCUCCUCCUCCUCCUCGUCCCGCUCUCCCGCUCCUCUCAUCGAAAAUGUUCUGUCUAACCCGUUCUAUCAAUUGUUCAGGUGCAAUGCUUAACAACCGUCGUCUGUUGGGUGCGUCGCGUGAUCACCCGUACAAACAGUAA